UGGUAGCUUGUGGUGGUACAGUUUUUGAGAUUGAGACAGAUAUUUAGCCUGGUUAGUUGACGCGCGGGGCCCCGGCAACAGGGAUAGCCGACAAAAGUGUGAAAAAAGGAGAAUACGCAAGAAAAAGGUGCGAAAGCAGUAGAGUAAAACAAAGUGGUAACAAGAGCUGGAAAUAAUUUGAAAAUUAUUUGAAAGUGAAAUAAAAAGUGCUAAUAGUGACAAGGACGUAAGGACGCAACUAACAACGAACACUUAAUAGACAACGAAUCGAAUUUACGAAUUUCUCUUAUUUUUAUUUAAACGAGUAUUUUUUAAACGACGUGUGUUUGCGAAAAAUCACGAAAAGGAAAACACGUGGAUAUUUGCUAAAGAAGAGAAUCGCAUUAUUUGAAAAGAUUUUCUCGACAUAUCAAGCCAGAGUUGAUGUUGGUGAAGACGCUUUGUGAGUUCAGAAAAUAACGCAACGUGGGAAUAAGUGCAACGAAGGCGAAGGCUUAUACGUUGACGCGAAUAUCGCGAGUUCGACGGCAGUAAGAGAGAGGGGUGGGGGUGAAUUCACCCCCCGUCGGCAACCCUCGCGUCCCGACGUAGGACAACAUAUAGGCCGGUCUCAAGCAUGGGGGUCGCAGAUGACUUUGCCCCGAGCUUCACCCAAAAGCCUCAGUUGAGACAGGAAGACGAUGGCAAUAAACUCAUAUUUGAGUGUCAAUUAGUUAGUGCCCCUAAGCCGGAGAUCGCUUGGUUCCGUGGCGAGAUCCAGCUUGCUGAAGAUGACAGAACGAGUUUCAAGAUACAGAGCAUUGAUACCAAUAGCUUCCUUGUAGUACUCGAGCUUGAUGACGUUAUUGAGACAGAUGCUGGCCUUUACAAGGUUAAAGCCAAGAACAAGAUGGGCGAAGUUGCAGCUUCUAUUAAUCUUAAUUUUAGCCCUGUGGAUGAACCUAGAGAAAAACAAAUCGACGGGAUCGCACCGACUUUUGCAAAAAAGCCCGCAAUCAGACAAGAGGAUGAUGGAAAACAACUUGUUUUCGAAUGUCGGAUAACUGCUGAUCCAACUCCGAAAGUGUCGUGGUUUCAUGAUGGCGAUUUAGUAAUGGAUUCUCCAAGACAUAAGCUUACUGUUGAUAAAGAUGGACAUUCCUACUUUGCAAGUUUGGAAAUAAAAAACGUAACUGUUGAAGAUGCUGGAAAAUACAAAGUAACAGCAAAAAAUGAGCUCGGUGAAUCAAAUGCUACAAUCUCUCUUAAUUUUGACAGCGACGAGGCCCCAGUACCGGAUGAUGGUGUCAAACCGACAUUUACCGAACGACCAGUCAUCAGGCAGUCAGACGAUGGAAACACUAUAACCUUCGAAUGCCGGUUAGCCGGUGAUCCCAAACCUAGUGUCAAGUGGUAUCAUGGAUCAGAUGAACUCAGUGAAGGCGGGAAAUAUGAAAUGUUCAUGGAGCUCGACCAGAAGCUUUAUCAUUUGGCUAGACUACAAAUUAACAAUGUUGCAAAAAUCGACAGCGGUGAAUACAAAGCCAUUGCGAAAAAUAAACACGGCCAGGGUGUGUCCACUAUCAACCUGAACUUCGAGGGUGGCGAUAAGCUUAAAAUUCCCGAUGGCAAGCCACCGCGUUUUCCGAAGAAGCCAACAAUACGUCAAGAGGGCGACGUUUUAAUAAUGGAAUGUAUACUGGAGGCCCAUCCAGUGCCUGAAAUCACUUGGUACCAGGGAAUGAAACCUAUUACGGAUACUAAGCGUAUAAAAAUGUCUCGAAAAUCGACCGGAAAAGACACAUAUCUAUUAACUCUCGAAAUAUCAAAUCCAACUAAAGGAGAUGGCGGUAACUACUGUUGCAAUGCAUUUAACAACUAUGGCGAGAGUAAUGCCAAUAUCUCUUUGAAUUUCCAAGAGGAUCCAGCAGGUUUCGCUCCAUCAUUUAUCGAAAAACCACGCAUCAUACCCAAUGAAACUGGCACUCUUAUAACAAUGAAGUGUAAGUGCAGAGCUAAGCCUCAACCGAACGUCAUAUGGUUUCGAAGUACAAACAUCGUCGAAAAAUCAGCAAAAAUUAGUCUUGAUUGUCAAAAUAUUGAUGAAGAUAUUUAUGAGCUUACGCUCGAGCUUAAGAACCCUUCUGGUCCAGAUGGUGGUGCUUAUCGUUGCCACGUGAGAAAUGAAUUUGGCGAAAGUAAUGCAAAUCUCAAUCUUAACAUUGAAGCCGAGCCGGAAGUAGAUGGAGAUGGUCCAACUUUUGUCGAAAAACCGCGUAUUCAGUCUCACGAUAAAGGAAAAAUCGUUGUCAUGGACUGCAAGGUUAAAGCAAAACCAAAACCGAAUAUAGUUUGGACUCAUGCUGGAACAGUCGUUAAAGAAUCAUCGAAAAUUUCACUCAGUAUCGUCGAAGAGGAAGCUGAUAUAUAUUAUAUCAAGCUGAUUCUUAAUGAUCCUGGUGCAGAUGAUUCGGGAUUAUACAAAUGCAAUAUUCAAAAUUCAUUGGGCGAGCUAAAUGCAAAUCUUACAUUAAAUGUCGAAAUUAUUCCUGUGAUAAAAGAAAAACCAAAGGUCAUCAAGAUUGUGAAAAAGAAAACUGUAAUUGUCGAGUGUACGGUGCUUUCGAAAUUUCAACCAGAAUGCACUUGGUUCAAAGAAUCAGAAGUUGUUACGGAAGAUGAUAGACAUCGUCUGCACGUGGAGAAAAUUAAGGAGGGCGAGUUUGCUGUAAAACUAGAAAUUGAGCAGAUUUCACAAGCUGACAGAGGCAAAUAUAAACUUGUGGCACGUAAUGAAAAAGGCGAAGCAACAUCUCAAAUUGUGGAGAUUCAAGAAAUUCCCGAAGAACCGGAUACCCCAAAAAUUGUAUCUGCGCUUAAAUCUAUUACUGUAGAAGAAGGGAAGACAGCAGAAUUCGUAUCAAUACUCCAAAAAUCAGAUAAAAAGAUCAAAGUGACAUGGUAUAAAGAUUCAACGGUGAUUAAGAACUCCGAAACUUAUAGCACUAGCUUUGAUGGUAAGGAAGCUAGGCUACUUAUUAGUUCUGCUAAACAAGAAUCAGCGGGACGAUACAAAAUUGUUUUUAGCACAGAGCACGGAAAAGAUGAAUCUGCGGCGGAACUCAUAGUUGAGGAUCAAAAGGAAACCAUCAUGGAUUCCGAGGAAACCAGUACCAUUGAAAAGAAAAAGGCAAUUAAACGGAAGGAACCAGAGGAUAAGAGGUCGGAGUCCCGAGAAAUGACUCCAGAGAAAAAGAUUAGUCGUAAACAAUCGAUCAAUCGGAUCGAGGAAUUGAAAUCAGAAAGCAGAAGAAGUUCUGUUAGCAGUAGAACAGAAGAAACGGUAUAUUAUUAUUAUAGGCAAUACAAAUUUUUAUAUGCGAGGAUGGAACUGAAACGCCACAAAGAAAAGUUUCUAUUCAAUCGGUACGUUUAA